CGUAAAUGUUUGUCGGCGCAGCUCUUUGCACGUGUGCUUAUUUGUUUUGGUUUUUUAUUCAGAAAUAUAGAUUUUAAAGUUUUAAAGAUUUUAUAAGUAUAAUGGCUCCUAAAUCUGAUCCGUUGUCCUGUAAACAAUCGUUUCUAGAGGAAAAUAAAUUGUUUUCUGAAAUAGAGUUGACUGAGGAAUCGAAACCUAUUGGAAAAUUGCAAGAUUUUGACUUGUUGGAAAAUGAAAUAUGGCUGUUACAAUGUCCCAAAGGUAUGGAUGUGACCGAGCUGGAAAAUCAAAAAUUAAAGAUUCCUGGUCGUACAAAUAUCAACAACAGUGAAGCUGUAUCCAUGGAAUUCAACGAGGGCAAAGAACAACAUGCAUUUGCUUACUGCAAUCGUAAGGGACGUUAUGCCUUACGUCUAUUACCCGUACGUGGUACAAUUGUUGUUAGAGAUCGCCUGAAAGCUGCAGAAACUGUAACCACAGAACGUGCUGAAGAAUGCUGUCCUCCAGCGAAAAGAGUACCAUUGCCCGCCGGCAUACGUGUAAGACAUCCAUUGCUCGGUGUACAUUAUAAGGAUAAGCUAGAAUUGGAUAAAACAAUAGCAAAGCGUUUGCAGAAAGCCGAUGAAAUAUCUGCCCAGAUUUUAAAGGAAAGUCUUGUUCAAAAAAGUAAAAGAAAAUCUGCAAUCGCUCCUGGCAAAGCUAAUGGCAAAAUGUCGCAAAUAGAAAUUAGCAGUGCUGAAGAUGAAGAUGUAAAAUUUGUUAGUGAAGAAAAACUCAAAAAGAAAAAGAAGAAUAAACGUAAACACAGUGAAAGCAAUGCUGAGGCAAACGACACUGAUGGUUCAUCUAAUAUAAAAAAGAAAAAAUCAAAAAAAUCUAAGAAUGACGAGACAGUUUCAAAAGAUUUGCAAUGGCUACAAAAUAUUUAAUAAAAUAUUUUUUUUU